UCGGAGGGUUGGUUGGAAGACGGAAGGAAAAUUAUGAAUGUUCAAAAAGUUAUCUAUUAAGAACGCACGAUUUAAUUUCCGUCGGAAUUUAAUACUUGCAAGGAAUGUUGUAAAAAAUCUCAUUAAUUAUUUUUUUUGAGCGCGAAUCGGAGAAAAUGGCAACAAAUUUUGGUAUUUUUAUCCGUUCUACUAAAAGUAAUGACGAUAUUAUUGAAGCCUGUAACAAUCUGAUGAAGCAUUCUAAUUUAGAUGGAAGAAUAUUGACUGUGAGAAGUGGCAAAACUUAUGGCGGUGUAAAAGUGUUCUUAAACGGGGAUGCGAUCGUUCAGGAACUUCUAGAAAAACAGUUUUUGUACGAAACAGGCGAUGAUCUGUCCACUAUACACCCUCUGAGAACGCACUUGACUGUUCACGAUGCAAUAAUUUCUUCAACCGAAGAAGAAUUUAUUGAAGAACUUCGGAACAUAAUCCAGGAGGCUUUGGGACCGGUACUGAAGAUAUCCAAAAUUCCAUUUUCUAAACAAUAUCCGGAUAUUGGGAAUGGCAAUUGGAGAGUUCUUCUGGAUGUUCCUGAAAUAGAAGACCUGGAUAUAUUCAAAAAGAGUGGCUUACCUGAUGAUUUUACAAUUAAAGUGCCGGGAGUGCAUGGAAGAUUGUCAGUCACAUUUUAUUGCACCAAAUGUGAUAAGGAUGGGCAUACUCAGUGGAGAUGUCCUAGAAGCUUGAACGAUAAUAUGGAAGACAAUUCGGAAUCUUUGAAAGAGGAAGAUUCAACAGCUAAUACUCCCAAAAGAUCGAUGUCAGGAUUUUUUAUUCGAGACCGUGAUGAAGAGAGCAAAGAAAGUAAAAGCGCACCUAAGACCAAACCCCUGUUGAAAAGAAAAAGAAUUGAAGAAUUUGAAAAAGAAAUCGGAAAAGAAGAAGUUCGUAAUUUCUGCGAUUCAUUUCAAUUGAAGAAUAGUAGUAAUAUUAAAAAAGAAGUCGGUGAGUCCAGUUCAUCUACAAUGACACGCCCUGUGCGUUCAGAAAAUGAUGAUAUAAAGAGAGAGACACACGCCAAAAGAGCUCGUUUUUCGCCCAUGAAUGAGGAUGACAGCCAGCCAGAAAACAUACCAAAAGCCAGCAGUACAACAGAUGAUGCCAAUUGUCUAGAGAUACUAUUUGAAUCUUCUCCCUCGACUUCUAAAAAUCAACCGCAUUAUGUUUCUUCUGAGUCUGGAGCAUUAUUUACUAGAAAUUCUGUUGAUGAUUCUGUGUCAACUUCAAAUGAGCACCUUCCUACCGCCGACAUCAAAUCUGAUCUGCCGUCAACGGAUGAAAACGACUCGGAUUCCAACUUAGGCCCUUCUGCAUCUCGCUCCAAGCCAGUCCGACAAAGAAAGAAACCUGCACAAGAUACCCCCAUCGUCAUUCCUGAUCGUAUCCAGAAAAUAAUAUCGGAAAUCGAUGAUGGCGUCCUGGGUGUCGAGCCCCUCACCGCUUUCUUCAAUCACGUCAAGAAAAAAUCGAAACCAUGCAGUUUUGCGGAAAUGUAUACAAGCAACGUUGCUGGUCUGAAGAAGCAAUUGGAUGAGAUAAAAAGGCGAUACUAUAUGAUACCUGAACGUGGCACCAAGGAGGAAAUACAAUUCAUGAAAUGGUUUGUUAAUAUAAUAAAUCGGUUUGAUGGUACGCCUAAUACCAGAAAGAGGAAAGUCAAAACUUAACUCUUACUAUUUGAUGUGAUUCUGCAGAUUCAUGAAUAUUUUUUAAUGGUGUCCACAAUUUCAUUCUUAAUAAACUUUUUAUAAUGAUAUCUAUUUUAAUUUUAAAAUUGCUAGCUUCUGCUGAGUUGUUUCAAAGAAACAAGUUUAUUAUAAGAUGCAAAGGAAUAAAAUAACUUAGUCAAUUCAAUUAUAUGAUACCAUAUCACAUUUUUUUAUUAUAUUCUGACUCACUUUGGCUGUGACUUAACAACAGUAGAAGAAAUUGGUAGAAGUGUAAUGCAUUUGCCAUUCAGAAUUACAUUGACUUCAUUCCCCCUGAAAACAUGAGUUUCCAUGAGUUUUUUAAUUUAAUAUGAAUUAGCAUCCGUUUCCUCGAACUCAUUCACUUAUAUUUAACCAUGUAUAUGCUCAUUCUCUUACCACCAGUUUUAACACGUUAAGUUUUAUCUCAGCCACUGGUAGCUGACACUGAACUUUCUAUUCGAACCACAUCAGCCAGUGGUGACUUAAUUACUAUUUUUAAUUCAGGCCACAUAAUCUCUGUUGAUUGACAAUAUAAUUUCCAUCCAUGCUGUAUUAAUCAUUUUUGACUAUGAUAUACGUUUAAAAAAUUGUAUUCUCUUUAUAAAUUUUAAUUUGAAGUAUUUUUUGUUAAUUUAUUCUCUAUUUAGCAUAAAUCUCUGGUUGCCAGCAUAACAGAGAUAUCGUUUAUCGUGGGAUAGAAGAAUACAAAUCCAAAACAGACUUCAUACUUUUACGUUUGAAUCAAUGUAUAUAUCUUCAUUGACAAAAAAAAACUAAUAUAAUUUCGUUAUUUUUCGAGAUAUUUAUAUAUUAAGAGUCUAGUUUUGCAUUCUUAUAUAAAAGGAAGUUAAACUAUAUGAUUUUCGAGUAGUAACUUCUUCCUUAUUUAGUUUCAAGCACAUUUUGAACUGAGCGGACUUUUUACAUUGUCAUCAAUUUCCUAUGUCUAUAGGUAAUUUAUGUAAAAAAUACCCUUUCUUUCACUAUAAUGAAUUAAUUUAUAUUAUUCAAAAUGAUGCUUUAAUUCUGUUAAAAUAUCUUUUGCAUCAGGAAUGUGCAAUAUUUUCGCUCAUUUGUUUAAAUUCUUUUAGUAUUGAUUUUUUUGGAUUCUUCUGAGUAUAUUGAAUAAAUAUAUUUAGUCCAAAAAGUUCAUAUACGGCAUAGAAUUUUCUGCAAUCAGGGUAUACAUUCUACUACAUUUUCAUUCAAUUCUACAUCUUCACCUUUCAAGUAAACUGCAUUCGGUUCUGUUUCUUAGAUAUUCUUCAUGAACCCAAAAAUGUCAUUAGAAAUUCUUCAAACAACCCCAAUUUUCAUUUCUCAUUAUAUUUGGUUUUUAUAUUUAUUUUUUCCGUACUCAUGUUUGCUAUUGGCGUCAAAGUUUCUUUUAUUUCAUUUUUUUUUUUUUUUUGCCUUAAGGCGCAGACUUGAGAUUGAGUAGAAAUUAUAUAUAAACCCUAUUGUAUUAUUGAGUUAAGAAAUGCAAUAACUAAACAUAUAAGCCUUUAUUAAUGUCUCAACUGUUCAGUGGUGGAUUGUCAGCUAAGCUUCUUGCUGCCGAAAGCUGUUAAGUUUAGAGAAUAACACAAGCAAGUCGAUUAAAAACUUUAUUUUCCUAAUUGUAAAACAAAUAAAUUUGUAAAAAAUGUAAAUUUUAUGAAUAAUUAGCCAUUUAUUAAACAUAAUUGAUCAGGUGUAUUUAUAUUUAAAUAUUUUCAUUUAGUUAUUAGAAUACUACCUAUAAAAUCGAACAUCGACUUCAAUAAAAAGUAUACGAAUUUAUUAUGUUCUCGACGUCGGACAUUCUGGAAUCGCAACCGAUAAAUAAAAAUACAUAUUGAUAAUAAAUAAAACCCUAUUCUAUGAAAAAAGGAAAUAUUGAUUUAAAAUAAUUUUUUUACAUGUUAAAAAUGUGUUGAAAUGUGAAAUUGAACUGAUCACUUUAUUAGAAAAAGGCCCUCAUAGUGAGCACUGCCUAGUUACCUAAAUCUGCCUCUGCAACUGCUGUUUUAUAAAGAGGAACUUAGAUUCAUUUGGAAAUCAUCAUCCUAUUCUUGUCAAUCAAGUCUAGUCUUCGACUGAAGUAAACCUCUAAACUUUUUAAAUUUCAUUCAUUUUCAUUCGAUAUUUCCAUUAAUCAAAAAUUGUGUGUCGAUCAUCUAUUUUUACAACAUACAAUAAAAUCAUCUAAAAGCUUUUCACAUUGUUCAUUGUAGAUUAAGACAAACAUUUUUUUUACAAUGGAGAUAUCCGGAUUUAUAACAAUAAUUCCAGAACAUGAGAUAGGGUCAUUCCGGAUGAUAAAACGCAACAUAUAAAUCUGUACAUGAAAUUUCGAAACAUCCUUCAUAAACUAAAGUAUUUCGAAGUCGAAAAAGCGCUAAUAUUGCAUUGUUAGUACUUACUAAUUCUAUACGCAAUUAGCUAAUUAUGGACUAAUUACUGAGGAAAGUACUUUCUUUUAAUUAGCAUUUUAUAUACUAUACAACGCAUUAUGGGUCGAGAUUUAUUAAUUUUAUUAUAGAGCAAGGGGUGCAUUUUAUAAUAAACUUAAAUGCUUUUUAGAUUAUUUUUAAAUCUUUAUUGCUCAAAAGCAUUGUACUUAAGGUGACUGACUACAUCUGGAAUAAAAUUUUUGAAAAACUGGAUUUUGUAAUAUGUUUGCUAAUUUUUUUAAAAAAACUGUUUUGGAAACAGAAAAAUGUGAUCUACAAAAAUAAAUAUUUUUCUCAAAAUUAAUCAGAAAUUGGCGUUUUCAGCGUAGUCGGAUACUUUGAGUUGCUUUAAUUACUGAAGUUUUAAAUCUUGUAACGUUUUUAUUUUACGCUCAAUGCUAGUGUAGGCUUAGUAAAUCAUAAUCAAUGAAUUUUUAAAUUACAAUUUAUUUUUUCUUUCUAUACAUUAUUCUUUUAUUACUCAUUAUAUGUGUUUUGCAUU